AUGGGAUCAGUUUGUUGUGUUGCUGCAAAAGAUCAGACUAUUUCCACUAGAAAUGGAGGUGAGAGUUUUCACAGAAAUCCUGCAUGUUCACCAUCAUUGAGUUUUCAAUGGGAUAGAUGGAGCCGUGUUGCUGGUGAAAUUGAUGAUCUUUCGUUUCUCACGUCUCGGAGAGUCAGCAGAAGUGUCAGCAUGGAGUUUAAGGGGUCUUUAAGUUCUGAAAGAGGAAAUUUAUCUGAUGUGGGGAGCACUCUAGAGAACUCGGUAACACCCAUGUCUCAGAAGUCCCCUAUUCACGAGCAAUUGGGUGCGAGUCAGAUGACUCUAUCUUCAGAUCUAUCCAUGUCAAGUAAUUGUUCUACAAUGGUGAAGAAUCUGACAGAAUCACCGGAGAUUGCAGAAUCUUCAGUACCAAAUCUUUCUUUUUCAAUAUCUUCUUCUUUCUCAACACCUAUAAACCGUAAUCUAAAUCAUCACAAUCUUCCUAGCUCAACACCAUCUAGAUGGGCUCAUCGAUCUCCAGGACAUCCGCUGCUGAGACAAAUUUCUGAUAGUAGAAUCCUGGGUCUGAAAUCACCCGACAACUCAAUUUCCGAGGGAAGGCCAUCAUUUGUACUGUCCACUUGCAGCAAUGACAUGGUAACUGGAUCCCAAUGUGGAUCAUCUGAUGGCUGGUCUAUGCGCACCUUUUCUGAACUGGUGGCAUCGUCCCAAAAGGAAAGGUGGUCAUUUGACAGUGAGCAUUUAGGUUCAGGUCGCCACAAGAUAAGUGGAACUAGUAGUAGGUUCUCCUAUUCUCCCUCCAUGGAUUUACAAUCUUGCCGUGCCUGCUCCAAGCUCUUGACCGAGAAAACUCCAUGGAGCAGCCAGAAAUUUAUUUCCAACAACGACCUCUCGGUUGUCGCUGUGCUUGUCUGUGGUCAUGCCUAUCAUGCAGAAUGCUUGGAGACCAUGACAUCAGAAGCAGAUAGUUAUGAUCCCGCUUGUCCAAUUUGCAUGGUAGGAGAAAAGCACGUGUUGAUGUUGUCCAGAAAAAGUCUUAAAGUCGAAUCAGAAACGAAGGGCAAGAGCUACAAGAUAUCCCGAAACCGUGUUGUUGAUAGCUACUUUGAUGGAGGAUUAGAUGUUUUUAAUCGCCAAAAAGAUGUAGUUUCGAAAUUGGAGCCUAGCUCAAGUUCAAGAAGCUCAUUAAGAAAACCCUUCUUGAGGCGGCAUUUUUCACUGGGAUCGAAGUGGAAUCGAUCUCUGUCUGAGAAUGAUUCCGCCAAGAAGAAGGGUUUUUGGGCGAGAUAUCGCAAAGAUUGA